UCCUCCAGCAGCGUCAGCUUUACCGAUGUGUGGACUGAGCUGGAAGACGGUUGUGUUGUAGCUCAGAUAGUUCAUCAGUUGAAGUAACGAUGAGUUCGGUUCAGUAUAUGAGAGAGUUGAUCAAAGAGCGACUAACUGCUGCUGCUGAAGAAAUAUUCACAGAGUUUGAAAAAACCAUCGUCCAGUACGAGGAAGAGCUCGAUCGUCAGCGCAGACUGCUGGAUAACAUCUGGAAACCACAGAUAGCGAUACACACGACAGAUCUCCCACAGCAACAUGUCUGCAAGGACGACGUUCUCACUGACCAGCACAUUUGUGACCAGCACAUCUGUAACCGCGAGAGGAAUUCCAGUUUGGACCUGGAGGAUGCAGAGUCUCCACAUAUUAAAGAGGAACAGGAGGAACUCGGCACCGGUCUGGACCAGGAGGACGCAGCGUCUCCACAUAUUAAAGAGGAACAGGAGGAACUCUGCACCAGUCUGGACCAGGAAGAUCCCAAGCUUUCACAGAUUAAAGAGGAACAGGAGGAAGAGCAGCUUUGUAUUAAACAGGAGACUGAUACCUUUAUGGUGACUAUUACAUAUGAAGAAAGUAACCACAGUGAACCAGAAUCAAACAGUGACCAGCUCCUCCUUCAAAACUGUUCAGUAGCUGAGAGCCCAGGUCAGGACGGAAGUAAGCAUGUAGACUCAGGAUCACCUACUGAUGUGGAGUGUAAGCGAAAGAUGAGACAUCAAAGAAACAGCAGUGACAAUAACGAUAACUCUCCUCUGCCAGAGAGUUCCAGUAAUACUGACACAGAGGAAAAGUCUGUAAAAUGUGAUGUUUGUGGUGUAGUGUUUGAGGAUGCAUUCAAAAUGAAAAAACAUCACAGAAUCCACACAGGUGGGAAGCCGUAUGCCUGUAAAACAUGUGGGAUAAGUUUCAGUUUUAGCUCUCAGCUAAAAACCCAUAUGAUAAUCCACACAGGUGAGAAACCAUUUUCUUGCAAGACAUGUGGGAAAAGUUUCAGUCUAAGUUGUAAUUUGUUGCGACACAUGAGAACUCACACCGGUGAGAAGCCGUAUUUGUGCAAAACAUGUGGGAAAAGUUUCAGUCAACGUGGUCAUUUAUUGUCCCACAUGAGAAUUCACACAGGUGAGAAGCCUUAUUCUUGCAAAAUUUGUGGCAAAAGUCUGAGCCGUAGUCAUGAUUUAUUAUCCCACAUGAGAAUACAUACAGGUGAGAAACCUUAUUUUUGUGAGACUUGUGGUAGAAAUUUCAGUCAACGCUGUAGUUUGCUGGCUCACAUGAGAACUCACACAGGUGAGAAGCCGUAUUCUUGUGAAACAUGUGGGAAAAGUUUCAGUCGACGUGGUCAUUUAACUGUUCACGUAAGAACACACACAGGGGAGAAGCCAUAUUCUUGUAACACGUGCGGGAAAAGUUUUUGUCAACGUCGUGAUUUAAUGUACCACAUGAGGACGCACACAGGUGAGAAACCAUAUUCUUGCAACACAUGUGGGAAAAGUUUCAGUCAACGUCGUGAUUUAUUGUACCACAUGAGAAUUCAUGCAGGUGAAAACCCGUGUUCCUAUGAAACAUGUGAGAAAAGUUUCAGUCAGAGCGGUAGUUUGUUGCACCACAUGUGAGCUCAGAUGAGAAGCUGUAAUCCUGAAACAUCUGUGGGAAACAAAUUUGAAAAACGUAACAAUAUGUCAAGGUUUAAAAUAGAUCUUUCAGCUUAAGUGCCUUUCGACCGCUUCAGCAGUGAUUCUGUGAGUUAAUUGUUAAUUGCAUGUCACACUGUGAGACAUGGAUCUGAUAAAAUCUCUGAAACAGUCCAAUGAAUACAUGGUGACUCUCACAGAACCACGUUAAAUUUACAAGGGAAAGAUAACGGGAGCUGGGCUGCAAGGUGGCGCAGUUGGUAGCACUGAUACCUCGCAGCAAGAAGGUCGCCGAUUCAUG